AUGGCAAGCACUAGUAAGCCAGUCAAGAUACUGUCUAGGAUACCGCCACGGACCAUAACUUUAGACCAUCUUCCUCAUGCAACCGUCGCAAAACCACCUGCAAAAAUAUCGUCGCAGACAGCUAUAACUCCUUCAUCCAUCCCUAAUGUAGACACGAUAUCCCUCCAUAAAAUAAGUCCAAGGGGCCAGUACAGAGAGUCAAUGAGAGCUCUGAGGAGACAGUGGCUGCAGGACAUUAAAGAAGACGACAAAGCUGCACUAUUCAAAGCUCAUCAAGCCAAAGAAGCUGAAUUCGCAAAAAAGAAGAAACUAGAAGACUCGAUGCGAAAGUACAUCGCUGACCAGCAAAGUGACUUCUCGUCCUUUGUACACUCAUCACCAUCAUCUUCUUCCUCGUCGUUUUCGAAUGAUGAAUUCGAUGUUGUUAGUGGUAGUAGUGACAGUCCAUCCAAUAGCAUAGAUGGAACUAGACGACAGGAGGAUCCGAUACUAGCUGCCAAACGACAAGCAUGGCAUGAUGCUUUAAGAACACGUCGUCAACGACGAUUGACUACCUACUUGAACAAGGUAUCAGACGAAACCGAGAACAGGCUAUCAGACAUCCUAUAUCUAUACCAUACAGCCUCAGAUUUCGUCACCUAUGCCAAUCUAGAUGCUAAAAUUGCAGCCGCCAUGGAUGUGGUUCGCGGCACUACCGAAAUCAAAGUCGACUUCCAACCAGACGAUAGCAUUGACGCCGCACUAUCUCGGCACAGUAGCAACACGCCAUCCGAGCAACGGGAACGAGCAUUGGGUCUGAUUAUGGAAGGUCGUGUUGCUAGUAAAACAUAUAUUGAUAGAACAUUUGAGCCAGCAUCUCCUGCUAUAGGUCCUCCGCUGGUCAGAGAAUGGAAGCAACAGUAUGAAGCUAAAGGUGGUGAUGCUGCUGCGCGUCAACGAGAAGAUGAAACGAGAAAUCGACAUUCAAGGAUAGAGGCUACUCAUAAUAGUAUACAGGAUGCUGCUCGAAAGGCCCGAUUAGAAGAAAAGGCGCGAAAGUCAAUGGACAGCAUUGUGAAUCGUGCAUUGGAAACAACUUCCAAGACUACAGCGGAGAGAGUGGCUAAGGACGACAUCGAGUCCAAGGAAAAGUAG